ACAGAGUACAGUCACCUGUUUACUCUAGGAUUCACUGUACGUGGCAGGUGGCGAGACUUAAUCUGUAAACAGUGGACUAGGCAUCCAUCAAAGGAGUGGCACGAGUUGAGGUUGGAUCUGCCAGCAUAAAGCCUUUGAAUGAGGUCCAGUGCUUCAGUUGCUGCAGAUCCCGAGCAGGUGAGCCCAAGUUCUAGUGAAUCCUCAGAAGGAAAUAUGGAAUCAUCAUCGAUGUCACAGCAGCAGCAGCAGCAGAGGCAAUCAAGUGAUGAAGAAUUUUCUAGGCGCGAUAUUGCUGUGGAAAAUGAAAGUUUGCUGCCUGAAAUUUUAGUUCCGGAAAGCGAAUCUUUGUAUGAUGAGCUGGACGAUUUAAUUGAAGACUUUGAUGUGCUAGGAACUGACGCGAUUGAAGCAGAUGCAGAAACAGAAACAGCGGAAGAAACAGAUGAAGAAAUAGGUGCUUGUGGUGGACGAAAUCUUGCUCGACGCUCAAGGAACCUACCCCGGAAGACCGGCCUGCAUCGGAGAGCUAAGCGGCUACAGAGAGGCAGAUCACGUGCGAGCGGGACUCCCCCGUCGCAAUCCGAGCUCCAGCACACGCCAGGAGAGAAGGUCGCCAGCAGAGCGGGCCACCGGACGUCCCCCGCGUCCUCCAACGUCGCCGGUCGCGGACGCACCCUCAAGAGCGAGCGGUGCUCGUGCGACGUAUGCGGGCAAGAGUACGCCAACUUCAGCAGCCUCACCGUUCACAAGCGACGCCACACGGGAGAGCGGCCGUUCCGCAAUUGGCCGUGGUCUGACCCUGUGAAAAUGUUAAUAUUGCGAAUGGAAGAGACGGGCCUAGUUCGCAAGUGGAAGGCCGAUUACAACUCGUCCCACGGCAUUCGCGUCCGCCUGGGGCUCGCGAGGGAGGCCAAAGCGCAAGCGAGCGCCAACGCAACGAAGGUCCUGACGCCGGAAGACGUCGUCGGCCACCUGCAGCUGCUGUGCGCAGGCGCGUGCGUGUCUGCGCUGGCCUUCUGCGCAGAGCUGUGGCGCGGCCACGGGGCGGGCGAGCGCCUGCGCAGGCGCGGUCGACGCGCGCGCGCGCAGCUCAGCAGAGGCUGGCGCAGAACGCGCGCUGGGCUGCGCCAAGUGGCUGCGCAGACACGCGCAAGUGGACUGUGUAGUGAAGUAUCAUUUUCACAAGCACAA